AAAGAAAGAAACCAAACGUAAACACUACUCGCACUCGUCGAUUUUGUUUUCUGUGCAUCCUCCCAACACGUAGAUACCGCUGUUUUCCCUUUAUCCAUGAAUCCCGGAAGAUUGGGUCUUACGCCUCUCCUGCAAGAGAACCCGCUAUGGAUUUCGUGGCACGAUUCGAACUGGAUACCGGUGCUGAAUCCUGGCAAUGUGAUGGACUACUUUUCGGAAAAAUCGAACCCAUUUUACGACCGAACAUGCAACAACGAAAUCGUGAGAAUGCAGCGGCAAAGCCUGGAGCUUCUUAACAACAUGACGGGAGUGGAAUAUAUUCCCCUGCACGUCCAGGAUCCGAUUCUGUACGUCAUCCGUAAACAGCACCGCCAUUCUCCGACCGAGGCUACACCGAUGGCCGAUUACUACAUCAUUGCGGGAACCGUGUACCAGGCGCCCGAUCUGGCCAGUGUUUUCAACUCGCGAAUACUGUCCACCGUACAUCACUUACAGACAGCGUUCGAUGAAGCCAGCUCGUACUCCCGGUAUCAUCCGAGCAAAGGAUAUUCGUGGGAUUUUUCUUCAAACAAAGCUAUUGCUGAAAAGACGAAAACACAAACCAAGAAGGAAGCUCCGGUGAAGGAGGAACCGAGCUCAAUAUUCCAACGGCAGCGCGUGGACAUGCUGCUGGGUGAUUUGCUCCGAAAGUUUCCUCUACCUUUGCCGCAGACAACAAACAAUCCUGCUGGAGCUGCUGCUUCGGAGGGGAAUAGCGCCAGCAAUAAUCUUGGAGGCGUUGCUGGGGACACCGAUCACGCCGGUUCCGACCAUGGCAUGAUCAAACAGGAACCAACCGAUGGCGUUGGCGGUGGACGGGGAAGCAGUAACGAAGUGCCACCGGAAAAGAAAAUGAAAUUAUAAUCCACUUUAUGUACCAUGAACUCAAUAUAUCUGUAGCCAGCAGAGCGGGGUUUUAUUUGCUGUAAA